AUGAGGUUUGUGUGGAUAUUUCGAGUAGUUUUCAUUUCCCCUUUUUUAAAUGGGACCUGUGGUGAUCGUGGUAAUUUGAAGAAAUUUUGUAAACCUUGUUUUGUCGGAGAUCAAAUAGAAAACACGUGCACAGAUCCAAGUAACUCUUGUCACGGGAAAUCACACAAACAGUUCAAGCUUGUCCGCUUGGAGGGAGUGAAGGUAACUAAAUAAAUAGUUAUUAAUACGUAUAUGUACCUAGAAAAGGAAACUGGCUUUUUCUCGGUGAAACUUUAUAUAAGUUCCGUAGGUCGCCGACUGGCCUUUUUUUUUUGCUUUCUAAUACCAGUUUCCAAGUUGUUGGCACAGGUUGUGUUUUUUUGUUAUUCUUAGCUGGUUGCAAGUGCAGGUAAACAGAAAUCAAUAGAGAAAAGAGCUUUGUUCGUAAAAAAGCGCACCUGUUAACUCUGGUCUUCCCAGUGCAUGUGGGAGUGAGCUAAAUUCGAAAUUGUUUUUUUCUAUAUGUGGCUUGUCACAGUCAAGUAAUCACGUUUUGCUACCUUGCUUACGCAGUUGAAAUCUCUCAGUGUUUGAUUUCCUCGAUAAAUUCCAAUUUCCCCGUACGUAGUUAUCUUGAAAUAUAAGAGAGAAUGAAAUCACAUUCAGAUGUUUAUCAAGCGUCCUUGAUUUAUUUGUACUAGAAAACUUUGAUCUCAGUAAAAUGCACGUUCAGUUUUGAUCAAAUACGUAGGUGGGGCAAAUCCAUGCAACAGCUUCAUUUGAAGUUACGCGAAUGCAUUCAAAAUCCAUGCAGUGCAUUCAUAAAAAUCGCCACCCGACAUUGUCUACCAACUUAAAUCUGUUUCAACUGUUUGUUUGAAUUCGUAAAAGUCCGAAUUGUUCCUCCUCGCUUAUAGACCAAUUAGACUUGCCUCACCAUGCGAAUACUGCCUCUACAUCCCCAAUGAUUAUUAAGCAUUUAUAUCCCGGUGUCAAGUUUACGAUUCUUAAACCAUUGAGAUAAAAAAUAAAGGUUACACAAUCCAUUUCAAAGUGUAAGUGAAGGGUAUUUACUUUUCAUUUACAUCGUCUGCGUACAGACAGGUCACGUGCAGUGGUUGGAAGUCGACGAUGAGAGGAAGCCCAUAAAACUCAUCACUCGAGCAAUGACACCAUUAGUUCUUGGUAUGUAACUCUUUCGUGAAGUUGUAUUUAUGUGAUAUUUUCUUUAAGAAUUGUUUCGAAUUAGGUCAGUUUUAAGUAAGACACGGAUAAAAUGAAGUGUUGACAACCAAAAGGAAAAAAAAAGUCUGAUGCUCUACCGACUGAGCUAACCGUGCUCACAGAAAAUUCCAAAUUGGAUUUGACUUUAUUCUACAUGCACUGCGCAUAGUGGUCGCAUUAGUUAUCAACAAGGUAUAGUUGCGUUGCAAUUGCACGGUGAAUUUAGCUGAAAGUACGGUCAAAUGCUACUCCUCUAUAGACUUCCGCUCUCUGGUAACAAGGGCUCCUAUACAAUUUGAUUAAACUUCAUAACUGCUCGCAUUGCAUAGUUACUCAACGGUUUAUAGUUGCCAUGCUGUUGUGGUAUUCAUAGCUAGAUGAGAAGUAAAAUAAAAACAAAGCACACAAAAAAGACUAAAACUAUGAAUCUGUCAUUGUGAGACAAUUGUCGUAAAGUAUAACCACUGAAAACAGUCACUGGCCUUUCAGUCGCAAAUGCCAACGCCCUGACAUUAUUUGGCUGCGAGGACCUACUCGACCGCAGUAGAAUUCGGACAGCAGCUCAACAAUUAUGCAUUUGCCAGAUGAUCCACAUUUCCAGCCUCUUGGAUUAGACAAUUAGAGAGAAAUGGACUCUCAUCAACCCUUAGAGACAGCUCGCUGAGUUUUGAUGGCCAUUUCUAUUGCCACACUGCACGCCCUAUCAAACGUAGCUGCGACAUGGAUUAGGGUAUAUGUGUUAGGAAACCGAAAAAUUCGAUAGACUGGCGAAUGAAUCAAAGUUAAUAAAUUCGUCCAGGGCGCUGGAUGACGAAUACAUCAAACAAAAUAACGUUUGCCUGCACUGAUUUCUCUUUCCUUCGGGGAAGGAGAAACUAACCGCAUGCUCACGGAGUAUAGGUUCCCAAAUGCUUUGGAUACUCGAUAUUUUUUCAAAACUUUUCUAAUGCUCCCAGUUGUGAUUUCGCUGUACGUAGAGAUUCCCGACUUCUUGUCAGAGGAAGAGUGUGAUCACAUCAUAACACUGGCAAAGGAAAGUGGACUCCAGACAAGUACUUCAGGAUAUUUCACUUACGACGGAGACUUGGACGAGGAACUAGCCCUAGCUGGUGAGCUGGAUUUAGAAUUACGGAAAAUGACCAAAACAAUUUUCAGAGUUUAGAUCAAUUAAUUUUUUUGAGCAUUUUAAUGAAGCAAAAAAAUUUGGAAACGUGGUAAGCCGCAACAGGUGUGCGCAAGUCAGCUCAUGACCCUGCUACACGUGAACAAUGCAAGGAAAUUAAAUUGAGCCUUUUUUUGUCGGGAUCAGAUUCUUUUUUUCUCGUGAGUACUUUAACUGUAUUCCAGCUCAACCAUGAUUAUUAAAGAAGUCUAAAAUCCAUUAUGAUAUUGAGAUAUAUUAUGAUAUUGACCACACUCCACAAUAAGCCAGCAGAAAACAUCUCUCUGACCUAUUUCUUUUAAGACAGUGACUGGACUCUCGCGCCUGAGCAAGCAUUUGCUGGAAACUACAGUCUUUGGGAUGCAAAUGGUGAUGGUUCCAUUGAUGCACAAGAGGUACUGCAUUUGGGAAGUCACUUGCGUAAUGUAAUAAAAUUAAAGUGCUCGGAGGUCUCAUGAUCGUUUACCAAAAAAUCAAAUUGCUUUUAUUGUUGAAGGUGAAGGCAUUUGCUGGAAAACACAAACAACUCUAUCUGGAUGAUGAAGAAGUGCAAGAAAUGUAAGAACAUUUGACUGUAGUUCUUUUCCCUUUGUUAAAAAAUAGAGCGUCCCGAGAAUUUCGGCUCAUUUUUGCAAUGUAAGGAAUAAACAUAAAGGAGCAGUUAAAGAGGAAAUUUAUGAUUUAAGGAUGAAGAAGAAUAAUACAGAUAACAAAUGACGAACUUGAAAACGCUAGGCUUAAUUUUAUGACGACAUGAACCCAUGACCGCAUUAUUUUCUCAGGAUUAGUAGAGUAUUCAACUUAUAAGUAUUACUCUAGUUUCAACAAGCAGUUGUCUAUAACAGGUUUACACGGUUCUCAGGAGGUUACCUUGAAACGUGAAGGUAGGAAAUGAAUGAAGCCAGCUGAUGAGAAAAUGCAAGAGAAAUCUCCUACAGAAACGUAUAGGAUUGUGCAUUAUAAAGUUUAUCGUACCUUUGACGCUUCUUGACAUUUGGAGAGUAAGGAUGUUGCAAUGGUGACAGCGCAUGCUCUCUCGUGCUACCGCCUGAUUUCGAUUCUCGUAGCCGGGGCAUGUUUCCCAAAAGUGCCGGCAACUUUAUGGGCCGUUACUUAAUCAACGACUUUUUAUCUUUUAGGGUUAAACGCCUUCAAAUUAAUGAUGAGCUCAGAGAUGGUAGGUAAAAUAAAUAAAGAUACGUGUAGACUUUCCACAGAGACAUGAUCGGAACAAUAUAACCCUUGUCAACAUAAAUUUCUUAUCACUCAAAAUGUGAAAAGCUACCUCAGGGAAACUAUCUGAACCAUUUACAAAAAAAGAACGUUUGUUAAAUUUCAGGGAGAAUAACAGAGCAAUUUUUCAACAAGUUGAAUAUCAACAAGAUAAUGCGGUACAUGAAUUUUUUGAAAGACAAAAGCCCACGCCAUAGGUUUCGUUUUAGCCAGCAGGCCUGGUUACGGCAGGACAAAACCGCUGACCCUGUUCUGAGACGUCUUCAUGAAAGGUAUUUUGAAAUUUGAGUCAAUGACAAAAUAUUGCCAGGAUGUUCGAUUGAAAUCAAGAGAGAUUCUAUAAGAUUAAGUUUUGUAAGGUUUGGCGCAUUAAAUAUCUAUGUAUUUUGUGUUAGGGUUAUAAGGCUUACCAAACUUCCGAGAAAGAUAGUCCAAGGGGGAGAACCAAUGCAGGUAAAUAACGAUUUUGUGCCGAUCCAGUUGCUGUUUGCAGGAUAUUAGAUAUGCUAAUCACAUUUAGAAGGAAAUUAAACUCCAUAAAUUUUCAUAUCGCUUGUAAAAUGAAGUUAAAAGAUAAUUCUUUGAAUGAUAUAAAGCUUUCCCACGCCGGGAAUCGAACCCGGGCCUCGGCGGUGAAAGCGCCGAAUCCUAACCACUAGACCACGUGAGAACUUACUUACUGUAUUCGUUAAUAAAUCGCUCCUUAAAUUUCUAACAGUCUUAAAAUAACGAAUUUUUAAUGAUAAUAUACCAAACGGGUUGUUUGAUUUCUUACUUGUUGAGACGAGUGUGCACGACAGCAGUGAUUGAAAAGCCAUUGAGUUUCCUGCCCGGUAAAAUGUAACCACUGCUACACGUGGAACCAUUUCGAAGUCUUGUGAAUUUUGAGAAAGUUUGCUAUUUUUCACUUUUUAGGUUCUUCGUUAUGAGAAGUUUGGUCAUUAUCACGGCCACCUGGAUUCUACCAUAAAAGACCCCACAGUCCCUUGCUGUCAUCAAAACCAUCUCAGAGCACCCGACUGCAGAGUCUGUAGGUAAGAUUUUCACCCUAGGAGGUUACUCGGGAAAUGCAUCUGAAAGAAUGGCGAAGAAUAAAUGAAACAAAGAAAAAACAUAGUACUUACGAGCUGUGUACGAAUGGACAAGAAAGCGAGUGAGCGAACGUUGGGUGAGAAACAGAACGAACGAGUGAUUGAGUGAGUGAGACUGAAAAGAGUUGUCAACCAGUCAGUCAGUGAAUCAAAGUGUCGGUGUUAUGAGUGAAUGAUCGAGUGUGUAUUCGGGUGAGGGAGUGAGGGUUAUCAUGGUUAAGUUUUGCUUAUGGUGGGUCACGAGGUUUUUUAACUACCAUGUGAUAUGACCAAAUUUUCCCUUUCAGGUUUAUUACUAUUUUGUAUUAUCUUAACAAUGUAGAAGAAGGAGGAGAAACAGCUUUCUUGAUAGCUGAUAACACUACAACCACUCCAGAUGUAAGUAACUCAACUUUCCGCAUACUCAAAUACGCAGCUUAUACACUAUGGGUAGCUUAUUCAACAAGGAUAUCAACAACUGAUCAUGAUCAUAGACAACGCAAUUCUUCAAGGAAAAAAAAGAAAAUGAAAAGAGAAAAAACCGUAGUUUCCAAUUUGACAAUAUUUUUCUUAAUGAACAAAGCAACCUAAUGGUCUUUCAUAGAACACAAAUACAGAGGCAGGUAAGGGAUACUGAUUCAUUUUUUCCUCUAAGAUCUCUUUCCUAAAUAUUAAAUAUUAAGUCUGAAUUUUACUAAACAAAGAGAUAUAUCAUAUUAUUUAAUCUUGAAGAUCAUAAUAUGCUAAUGAAUUUUUUUUUUUUGCGCAGAAGUACUGAUCUUAUGGUGCUAAAGCUCUCGAUGCAUACUUGACCUUGCUCACUAAAGCGCCGUAUAUGUAGGCGACCUCUUCGUACGAUAUUUCUUAGUUUACCCUUGGCUUAAAAUACCAGUAACAGCAUGUCCCUGAAGACUUUCUGCGGUAAACUGCGGCAUCGUCUUGAAAAAUUUUUUACCCAAAAAAUAUGCAUAAGAAAGUGAGUCGUGUUUGCACUAAAACACAAGCAUAGCAUGCACACAGCUAGUAGUGUUGCAUGCAUCGAGCUUCAAGGGGAAUUAUUCUUUCCUUUGUUUGAUUUGGAUUAUUUUCAGGAUAUUGAAAAUUCAAAAGCCGCGACAAAUGAAUUCAAUCUCAGCAUCAAUUGUCAUUCAGCGAACCUAGUACUACCUCCAAAGAAGGGCACGGCCAUUAUGUGGUACAACAAUUUCAUCGACCCAGACAGUGGUCUGCUCGGAGCAGUGGACCGCUCCACGUAUCAUGGGGGAUGUGACGUCAUCAAGGGAGAAAAAUGGAUCGCUAACAAUUGGCUGACAGCGCCAACCAAAUACUCAAAACACAUCAAGAGCAUGUUUGAUACAGGAUUUGAUUAA